AUGUCCCAACAAGUUGAAGAUAGUUUUCCACGUAAAAUAUUAAAAAUUGCAGCUGCACAAAUUGCAAUGAGUGCUGGAUAUACUGAUGCUAAAGAAUCAGCACUUGAGACAAUUGCUGACGUCAUGGAAAUGUAUAUCCAAGAAAUAGGUAAAAAAACACAUCAAAUAAGUGAGCAUAAUGGAAGAACUGAAUCAAGUUUUAUUGAUUUAUUAUUUGCAAUGGAACAACUUGGAAUUGAUAUCUUCAGCUUUGGUGAUUAUGUAACAAAAGAAGACAAGUUAUUCAUUGAUGGAAUUCCUGAAUUUCCUGUAAUCAAAGCAACAGAUGAAAUUCCAAUUGAGAAACAACAUAACGAAGAAAAGCCAUAUAUUCCUGGGUUUUUACCUCCUUUACCUGAUGCAAGAACAUACAAAAAUACUCCAAUUUAUCAAAAAAGACAUACAGAUGGUAUUUCAUUGAGAAAAGAAGAACUUAAAGUUCGUCAUCUCAAUGAAGAUGCUUUGAUUAAUUUGAAAAACAAAAUUAAUGGUGAAAUGAAAGUAAAUUAUGAAAAUGGAAUGGAAGAGGAACAACAAAUUAAAUAA